AUGACCAUCCGGAGCCUUGACUUCCUCGAGCAGUGGCGUCCCUUCUUCCAGCCCUACCACCUCAUCGUCAUCCAGGACGGCGACCCUUCUCGGAGCGUCGGUGUCCCAGAGGGCUUUGACUAUGAAUUGUACAACCGCAAUGACAUUGAGCGCAUCCUGGGCGACAAGGCCUGGUGCAUCUCCUUCAAGGACAGCGCGUGCCGCUGCUUCGGGUACAUGGUGAGCAAGAAGCGCUACAUCUACACUAUCGACGACGACUGCUUCGUGGCCAAGACCCCCAGCGGCGAGGACAUCAAUGCCCUGGAGCAGCACAUCAAGAACCUGCUGUCCCCCUCCACCCCCGACUUCUUCAACACCCUGUACGACCCGUACGUGGCGGGCAGCGACUUUGUGCGCGGCUACCCAUUCUCCAUGCGCGAGGGCAAGCCCACCGCGGUGUCGCACGGCCUCUGGCUCAACAUCCCGGACUACGACGCGCCCACCCAGAUGGUGAAGCCGCAGGAGCGCAACACGCGAUACGUGGACGCUGUCAUGACCAUUCCCAAGGGCACGCUGUUCCCCAUGUGCGGCAUGAACCUGGCCUUUGACCGCCACGCCAUCGGCCCCGCCAUGUACUUUGGCCUGAUGGGGGAGGGCCAGCCCUGGGGCCGCUACGACGACAUGUGGGCGGGGUGGUGCGUCAAGGUCAUCGCCGACCACCUGGGCCUGGGCGUGAAGACGGGGCUGCCCUACAUCUGGCACUCCAAGGCCAGCAACCCCUUUGUCAACCUGCGCAAGGAGUACAAGGGCAUCUUCUGGCAGGAGGAGAUCAUCCCCUUCUUCCAGGCCAUCAAGCUGGACGCCAGCGUGACCACCGUGGAGGCCGCCAUGCUGGACAUCGCCGAGCGGGUGCGCAAGGGGCUGGCCCACCUGGACCCCUACUUCGAAAAGCUGGCCGACGGCAUCGUGGCCUGGAUCGAGGCCUGGAGGCAGCUCAACCCCGAGAUCAGCCACUGA